AUGUCUGACGACACCCGCCGCAACUGGCACGGAAGCCCCGGUGACCGUCUCGAGCACUCUAAUGUCUGGAUGAGUGGCGGUGCCAAGAGCCCUACCGGUCGUGCUGCGUGGGCGAUGCCUAUAACGAACAAUAGGAGGGACUCCGACACAUCCACAUCCACCUCGAACGGAAAACCAGCCGAAGGAGAUACACCUAACCCCCCAGGCUUAGGUGAGCGUCGCCGCAGCUCGGCCGGCUCCAACGGCCUCUUCUCGAAUCUGCACACACAGAAGCGUGAAUCUACAAACGCGGACAUGGCUAUCCGCCGCGCGAGCUGGAAUGAACAGGCUGCUAAGGGAGGCAUGUUCUCGAAGUGGUGGGAGGGAUACACUCGGGGCACUUGA